CUAUUUCUCAAAAAAAAAAAAAUACAUUUAUAUCUUUCCAGUAUAUUUUUACUCUUUCACCUAAUUGCCGUAGUUGUCAUCUCCAUCACUAUAAUUGAUAAUACACUUUAAAAUAUCAACUUGGAUUGUAAACAUGCUGAGCUUUCACAAUGUAAAAGCUCUAGUUGAAUAUCGAUUGAGUUCCAUAUUUCUGUGUUAAAGCUUGUGUAAACCUUCUUAGGUUCGAUUUGUCAUCGAUCCUUCUACUAGAAAUUGCACCAAAUAUGUGGGUGUCAAUCCUAAUUUCCGGAAGCAAUUUUAUAAUGUUUUUAAAUUUACCCCAGCGUGCAAGUCCUUAAUCUAACCUUAAUACACACCAUUGAGUCACUACUUAAAGGUCCCUCAAUCUCAAUGGGCAAAUCCAUCAUGGAUAUAUAUAUAUACACUGUUUGAGCUAAGAAAGCCUUAGAUCUAUCAUAAAGAAUGCUAAAUAUGAAUGGGUCAAAGCUAGAUCCUCUAGAAGUCCUUGUACCUUAAAAUGUGCUAGAAAUUUGCUCAGCCUCUCUAAUAGUUAGAAAAGACCUUUGAUUUCAGUAAGUGUUCGUUUACUUGGGUGGAAAGUAAGGAGGGAUGUGAAAGAAUGAUAAUUUGAUUGCAGCACAAGGUGAUAACUUUCAGGGGCUCUUCUAGGACUGUCUCAUAUGAUCUGGAAGGGAGGUAAAUCAUAGAGAAUUUCGUCCAGGCCUUUUGCAUACAUUAGGAAUCGACUUCAUAAUCAAUUAUAGCAACACUAUAUGUAAAUAUUAACUGUGCUAGCUCAUAGGGGGCAAAAAUGAUAAUGUGAUGAUGUUAUUAUAAUAGGACUAGUUCAGACCCAGAGUAUCUAUCCAUUGUGCCAAAGGUGGAACUUAUCUUUCUCUGUCACCAUCUUUAUCAGCUUUAAACAUGAAGGAAUAUUAAGGUGGAUUCUACCUUAAUCUCAUCUGAUUAAAGACUACUCCCGGUCAAACCAAAUCCCAAGAAUUUGCUGUCCCAUGGCAAAAGGGUCUUAAUCUGGCCGGUUCGAUUGGGCCAAUCCGGUUCAAUUGGGUCUUUAAUCAGGUGGAUGCUAUUUUUUACUUUUACAAUGAAUCGAUUUAUUGCCACUUAUGUUCUCGUUCACGUGACUGUGGCGUGGAGGAGGGAGGCAUGAGAUUUGCUUUCAGUAACGACAACGCCACCUUUCGAUUCCAUUCCCACUCCUCACUCCUCACUCCUCACUCCUCCGCUGCCUGCAAUGGAGCUCCUUCCCAGACUCCUCCAAUUCCAUUCUGACGUUCUGAUUGUGUUCAUCAUCCUACCACUACCACUCUGCUCCGCCCUAGCCUCCGCCCCUUCUCCGGUGGCGGCGGCAUUGCCAGAGUCACACGCAAACCUCACAGCCAUCAUGGCCCGAAAUGGCUGCUCCACCUUCUCCCGCCUCCUUUCAGGGGUACCUGAUGCAGUGCAGUCCUUCGCAGACAACCUCGGAAGCGGUCUCACCGCCUUCUGCCCUGUCGACGAUGCCAUGCGCCCCUUCCUGCCGGCCUUCAAGAACCUCACAGCCGACGCCAAGCUCUCGCUGCUGCUCUACCAUGCCGUCCCCAUCUACUGCUCCUUUGAGAUGCUGCAGGAUGGCAAUGGCGUCGUUUCCACCCUUGCCAGUGGUGCCGCCACGGACUACAAGCUUGCCGUGCAGAACGACGGGGAUCAGGUCACUCUGCGGACGGGGGUCAUUGUGGCCACCAUCACCGCCACGCUCGUCGACCAGAACCCCCUCGCGGUGUACGCGAUCAACGGGGUGCUUGAGCCGGUGGAGCUGUUCAAGCCUGCUCGGGCGCCAGCACUGGCCCCGGCGCCAGAGGUGGCGGAAAAAGCGGCGCCGGCCAAAGCAUCGUCAGAGACGGCGGAGGCGCCGACUAGUGCUCAGGAAGCGCCGGCAGACGAGAAGGCCGCUUCUAAGAGCGCCGCCACGAGUAAUAGUGCUCACUUGUGGUUGGCAGUUGGGGUGGUCGCCAUGGCAGCGGCGGCUUGACCGACGUUGCCUUUCACCGCGCGUUUAUGUUUUCUUUCUGUUUUUUUUUUUUCGUUUUUGGUUUUAUUUUUUCCUUGUGCACUGUUUUUAUUCGGCGAGGAGGAAAUUCAUUGUGCUUCUUGUUGUUUAAUUUGAAUUCGUGUGCUUGUCGGAUUGCAUUUCGCGUGAACGAGACUUUGGAUG